GCUGGUGAAGUCAUUCAAACACCAGAACGUCUAGCGGGACUCGACGGGAAACCUGGUUCAGUCGUUGUAUUUGCCAAGCUCAAUGUCAGAGUUCCUGGUACCUUCCGACUCAAGUUUACAUUGUACGAGACGUCAGAGCUCGGUAUCGCCCAACUCACCUUUGUCGUUUCGGAUCCAUUUAUUGUUUAUUCACCCAAAUUGUUCAAAGGCAUGAAAGAGAGCACGCCUCUGACGCGACACCUUGCCGGACAAGGGUUCAAAGUCAAGCUGAGAACCGAC